CGGGACGUGCUGUGGUGUUUUCCUGAUUCUGAGCCACGCAGGGGCAGUCCGGGGGUGUAAAGAGAGCUCUCCAGCUCCCACCGCACGCACGUGUUACGGUUCUUAUUUUCUAUCAUAAGGGGAGGAGGGUUUGACCGUCAUUAAUUGACAUUUGGAUUCCGGAUCUUUUCCCCUUGAGAGUCGCCGUAUCGACCUGUUUUAAUGCUGACCCUGAGAUUGAACCCAGGAAUUCGCACAUUCUAGACACCGAAGGGUCCUUCCACUGAGCUCCAUCCCCAAAUAGAAGCAUUGCUGUGAGACCACUUCAAAACCGACCUAUUGAGUUUUCAUCAGGGAAAGAGCUUGGGCACUCUUCCUGGGUGUCUUGUUGCUGACAUCCUCUUCUGUGGAAGGAAGGGAUGGACAGAUUCCUGGGGAAGGAGGUUCAAGGGAGCCUUUUGGGAAAGCCGGAGGAGCAAGAGCAGAGCACAGAAGAAGGAGCUACCCUGGGCGACGACAAAGGACACACAAGGAAGAGGCCCAGGACAGACCCCCCGGGGAAUGCCACCCACUUGGCAGGCCCCAGCUGGCGACACAUUCGCGCCGAGGGCCUGGACUGCGAUUACACAGUCUUGUUUGGCAAAGCGGAGGCAGACGAGAUUUUCCGACAGUUGGAGGAAAAAGUGGAAUAUUUUACAGGUGCACUGGCCAGGGUCCAGGUAUUUGGGAAGUGGCACAGUGUGCCAAGGAAGCAAGCCACAUAUGGUGACGCUGGACUGACCUACACGUUUUCAGGCCUUACGCUGUCUCCAAAGCCCUGGAUCCCAGUUCUAGAGUGCAUCCGGGAUCGUGUCUCUGGCUUGACAGGACAUACCUUCAACUUCGUGCUCAUCAACAGGUACAAAGAUGGCUGUGACCACAUUGGGGAGCAUCGAGAUGAUGAGAGAGAACUGGCGCCCAGGAGCCCCAUUGCCUCUGUCUCCUUUGGUGCCUGCAGGGACUUCUGCUUCCGGCACAAGGACUCCCGAGGGAAGAACCCCCGCCAGAAGCUAGAGGUGGUCCGGCUGCAGCUGGCCCAUGGAAGCUUACUAAUGAUGAACCCCCCGACCAACGCCCACUGGUAUCACAGUCUUCCUGUGCGCAAGAAGGUUCUGGCUCCACGGGUCAACCUGACAUUUCGUAAAAUUUUGCCUAAGAAAUAAAAACGUUUUUAACAUGUUU